GUAGCGGCCGCGGUAUGCCUGAUGAUCUGGGACCAUCUCCUCACGCUCGAUCAGGAAAUAGACGCGAUAUGGACGUCCCGCAAUAAGGGAUACCUCCCCAAGCUCAUUUACGUUCUGAACCGCUACUUUGCGGAGGGUGUGCUUUUAUACACGGCAUAUGCAGUGUGGGGUGUAUUUAGCCACAGCUUGACUGAUGCAGUGAGUUCCGGGAUUCUUUCUCGCCAGUCCGAUUUGAUUACUCAAUCCCGCGCCUGUACACGGGUGCUAUGGCUUUUCACCAUGUCAUCAACAGUGAUGGUUGGGUUGCUUCAAUUCCUCAUCGCAAUGCGGGUGUACAAGUCAUGGGAUAGCCAAAAGAGGGCCGGUUACGUUCUUCUCGUGGCGUUCUCUGUUUGCAUCAGUGCUGCAUUCGUCCUUGCCGUUAUCACCGUCAUCGUGUUCUUAAAGACGACGAGUGAGUCAGCUGCCUCCGGAAACGUGUGUUUCAUGCUUGAAGGCUUACCACGAUCUGUACCCGCUCUUCUCUCGACGCUGCUCGCCUUUGACGUGUUAAUCGUCUUGAUGGUUCUCUACAGGGCGCUCGAGAAACCCAGACGAACCCAUAUCGAAGCGAUCAACUCCUUCCAUCGUGAUGGUGCUCGUCUUUACUUGGUUGCGUCCCCUCAUUCCACAUUAAUUAAUAUCCGCUGA